CCAAAUCAACACCUGAUGUUCUAAAAAAUACAGAGCAAAACGGAGACACCAAAGAAAAUAGUAAACCAAAUAAAUCCAUUGAAACGACUGUUGAGAAAAAAGAGACAAUUCUGUCAAAAACCGAAGGACAAACCACAAUUAUAAAAAUAAGCGGUUCCCAAAGAGUUAAAAUCACGCCGAUACGAAAGGAAGCUCUAACAACAACGGAACAACCUUCCAAAUGCCACAUCACCCCAAAACCAAAUUCCCCGGGAGUUCAGGAACGCAUUAUCCAUGUACCAACCGAAUUGAUUCGGGAUGUAAUACGCGUUCGUACCGAUCUACUAGCUUCUGCUGAACCUCUAAACCAAGCAGUCGCUCAAGUUGAUGGGAUUCCACCGGCGGAUAUUCCUGCGGGAUCAGCAGAGAAGCGAAAACUCACGCCGGAACCCGCAGUAAAUCAAGCCAGGUCGUCUUCGGAAGACCUGCAUGCGCAGCCGAAAAGGCCAGCGCAGGAUACAAGUAUUCCUGCUGCAGUUCCGACAUCCAGAUGCCCAGUGAAUAUAUCUGCUGCACCAUCUUGCACCUUCAGUUAUCCGAAUAACAUCCCUGCAAUUGCUGCUCCAGUUGCCUCCUCCAAUUGUCAACCAAUGGCCAGUUGCCAACCUAGAUCAAAUUUGGGAUACUCAACUGGAUAUUCCGCAGAAGGUUUAACUGCUGGUGCUGGUCCACCUGCCAACGUUAGUUAUCGACCAAUUUUGCCCAUAGCCAAUGGAUCAGCCAGCAAUUUCACGUACUCAACACCCAGGUAUUCGGUGGCUCCAGCACCUUCUGCCUCCGCCAGUUAUCAGCCGGUGGUGUCAGCGGUUCCAGCUUCCGUCAGAUAUCCUCCAUCUAUAUCUGUGGCUCCCGCCUCCAUUUAUCAAUCAAAUCAUCCCGUGGCCAGCUCCAAUUCUCAAGGACCUCAAGUCACCAGCUCCAAUUACCAAUCUGUUAUGCCUGCGGCUCCAGCAUCAGGGUACUCCAGGUACCCACCGCCCAUCUCUGCACCGUCUUCAGCGAUUCGGCCUCCCAUUCAUCAACCAAGCUAUGCUCCAGCUCCCUUAGUGAUAAGAAUAAGAACACCCUUAAGUCGACCACCAAGUAUCCCUGUGGCUCCAGCUCCUGCAGUACCCGUCAGUAACCAACCCACCGGACGCGAUCCAAGAGCCGAUUUGGCCAACAUCUUGGGCAUGCUGGCCCAGGUCGAGCUCUUUGCCUAUUGUCAAAAGAAUCAGGAGGCCUUCCACCUUGCCAAUCAGCUAAAAAUAAGCCUUCAGAGAGGAGCGGUGAAUAAUUCUCAAGCACCGUCCCAAAACGGUUAGCCUUUGGCGAACAGGUCUCCCCG